AUGUCACCAAGUGCUCAAUUACAAACCACUACACCACCAACUCAAACCGAUAAAGGUUAUGAAUAUGGUGAAAGAGGGUCACAUCACAUCUCCUUAGGUGGUGCUCAUCCUUUUCAAUACCCAAAAUUUACAAAUAAAACAGAUGAAAGAAAAUAUAUGUUGGAACAUUUAGCUGGAACAUUUAGAGUUAUGGCAAGAAAAGGAUUUGAUGAAGGUGAAGCAGGUCAUUGUUCUAUUAAAGAUCCAAUUGAUCGUAAUACUUUUUGGAUCAACCCAUUGGGUAUACAUUUUGGUUUAAUUUCUGCAAAAGAUUUAGUACACAUUAACAAUAAAGGUGAAAUAUUACCAGAUGGAAACCAAGCACCAAUAAAUACUGCAGGUUUCGGUAUUCAUUCAGCUGUUCAUGAGGCAAGACCUGAUAUAAAUGCGGUAUGUCAUGCACAUUCAAUAUAUGGGAAAGCUUAUUCAGCAUUUGGUAAACCUUUGGAAAUGCUUAAUCAAGAUGCUUGUAUUUUUUACAAAAAUCAAGGGAUUUAUGAAACAUUUGGAGGGGUUGCUUUAGAUAAAAAUGAAGGUAUUGAAAUUGCAGAAGCUGCAGGUCCAGUUGUUAAAGCAAUGAUUUUACAAAAUCAUGGAUUAUUAACCAUGGGUAAAACUAUAGAUGAAGCAGCUUAUUUAUUUUGUUUAAUGGAAAAAACUUGUCAAAUUCAAAUUUUGUGUGAUUCAGUUGAUCAAAAAUUAAAACCUAAACAAAUUAUUCCAGAUCAAGAAGCUGAUUAUACUGCUUAUGUUACUAAUGAUUCUGAUACUUUAUUUGCUUCUUUUCAACCUGAAUAUAAUUUACAAUUAAAAUUAGAUAAAGGUGAUUUUUUAUUUGAAUAA